GCUCAAACCAUGGGAGGGAAGAAAAAGAAGAAGAAUGACGAGAUUGAAGAAUACAAGAAGCAAUUCUCCGAAAUUGUCAAACCAUUACUAGGCUCAGAAUCAAUCGGCCAAGAUCUUGCAAAGGAAAUAAUUGAGAAAACAUUUGAAAAGAUUGAAAUGGCCUCUUUAAUGAAAAGAGUCGCACCUUAUGGCAUUGAAGCAGCUUUACAAUCUACAGCUUGUCAUUUCUUCUUUCAAGAUAGAAAGCAAGAUGACUGCUACCUUGAAGAAGACUUUGAGCCGAACAACUUAGGUAAUGAUUGUUUUAUUCCAAACAAAUGAAAAGUUAUCAUAAAGCAAGAGACUUACACAAAUGUUGUACUUGAUAGCUUCAGCGAAUUUGACGCAUUUUCUCAGAGCAAUUCUCCCUCAAAGAAGAUGUCGACAAGGUCUGGAAGAACUUUCCGUGAAAGGCCAAAAAUACACCAAGAUACUAAAAAGACUAAUCUUGAAAAAAUUAAUAAUCAGGUUGAGCUAGACCCCAAGGAUUUACCAGGCUACCAUGAUUAUAAAGACAAUAUCACCCAUGAAGACCUUGACAACCUCAGAGAUACUGUUGACAGACUUAAGAAGAGCAAGACCAAAAUGGCGAAUGAACAGAAACUUGAACAAGAGCGAAAAAAGAAGGAUCAGAAGGAAUUUGAGAAGAAAAUAGAGGGAGGGAAACUGACCUAUGACCACACAGGAAAACUCCUCUCCAUCCGUAAAAUCAAAGCAGAGAGACUUCCUGUUGAUUUUAAACAGCUAAUGUCUCAUUCUAUGAUUAGGUCAAGGAAAUCUGCAGAGAAGGGUAAAAAUUUAAAAGUGAAAAAGAAGCCGAACGAUACAGUUGAAGAAUCUUCUGAGGAAAAUAAAGAUUUUUCUCUGAUUCAAGCUUAUAAAGAUACUAAACUUGUGAAGAAACACCUUAAUUCGACAUUUGACCAGGGGAAUGACAAUAGUUCCAUGACAGUCAAUCCCUCUGAUGGAGUAGCUAUAAUUCCUGAUGUGAGAACCCAGGAGAAGGUCCAAGGAAAGCCUUACAAGGAGGAGCUGAGGAAAUUCCAAAAUGAAUUCAUGGAGAACAGAGGCCAAAGACAUAAGGCUCAGAUUGAAGAAGAAAAUUUAGAAAUGGCCGAGAAUAAGGAGAUUGAUUCACAUAAUCCCAAUGGAAAUAAUAACUCAUUUGAUUUGACCUCUGAUCAUUUAGCCCAAGAAGAUGGCAUCAUAAAGGAAGAAUUAAGAUCAAAGCCUUCAACUAGAUCUAAUAGUGUGCGUAACUCGAAUAAGUCAACCUUCAACUCAAGAGUGGAGACUAACCGUUCUCAGCUACAAACUCUAAAGAAAGAAUUUAGCUCAAUAUCUUCAAAUUUGAAUGCGCUAAAUCUCAAACAAAAAUUAAUGAAUUAUGAGGUGAAUAGUUCUGUAAAUACCCAUUUUGUGGGUGGAAAUACGUCAGCAAAGACGAGUCUGAUUCUUCCACCACUGACUAUUGGGAAUAUGCAGAAGACUAUUGACAACAGAACUACUAAAAAUCAAUCAAUGAAAAAGAAUAAGAUCACUUUUAGAAGCAUUGGAGAUGACUUCGGAAAUAGUGGGAGUAAAACUAGAAGAUCAAAGGUAUCAAUCAAAUCAAACAUAAAAGAAAGAAUCCUUAACAUGUCUGGCCCUAGAUCUAAAAUUACCAAAAUAGAGGCCUCUGAAGAUCAAGGAAAUCAGACACUUCCUGAUAUCUCACUUGCAUCUGCUAGAACAAAUCCGCUUGCUAAAAUGCCAUCAAGGAUCCGUAAAAAUUCCAGUUCCAUAAAAAUGAGUAUCAAAAAUUUACCUUUGACAAAGAAGACCAAAAAUCAGAUAAAGUUUUUGAAAUCACUGGAGAAAUCCCAGACUUUGGUAAAGCCAAAGUUAAGAAAUUCCCUCAAGAAUUACGUUUAACCAAGUUCAACUGG